AUUGUUCUCCUCUUCCGCCUCCUUCUCGCUCGUCGGCUCCUGCUCUCCCUUCUCUCCUCGUCUCCACGGCUCGUUUCUUGUCUCCCUCCACCCAGAAUGGCUGCUACCACCGAUCGCGCCGCCUUCGAGGCCAUUUUCCCCUCAUUGGCCCAGGAUAUCCUGGCUCAUGCGAAGAAAUACAACCUGCCCGACAAUGCCAUGCAAUGGUUUGAAAAGGCCCUCAACGUCAACGUCCCCGGUGGCAAGCUCAACCGUGGACUCUCCGUCCCCGAUACCGGUCUCGCUCUCCUGAACAAGCCCCUGACCGACGAGCAGUUCAAGCACCUCAGCACGCUGGGCUGGCUCACCGAACUGCUGCAGGCCUUCUUCCUGGUCAGCGAUGACAUUAUGGACGGGUCGAUCACCCGGCGCGGUCAGCCCUGCUGGUACCGCCAACAGGGCGUCGGCCUGGUCGCGAUCAACGAUGCCUUCAUGCUGGAGUCCUCCAUCUAUGUGAUCCUGCGCAAGCAUUUCCGCUCGCACCCCUCCUACAUCGACCUCGUCGAGCUCUUCCAGGAGACCACUUGGCAGACGGAAUUGGGCCAGCUGUGCGACCUGAUCACCGCCCCUGAGGACAACGUCAACCUCGACAACUUCUCCCUCGACAAGUACAUGUUCAUCGUCACCUACAAGACCGCUUACUACAGCUUCUACCUCCCCAUUGCCCUGGCCCUGCACUACCUCCAGCUCGCUACCCCUGAGAACCUCCGUCAGGCCCAUGACAUCCUCAUCCCCUUGGGCCAGUACUUCCAGGUCCAGGAUGACUACCUCGACGCCUACGGCGACCCCGCCUUCAUUGGCAAGAUCGGAACGGAUAUCCAGGACAACAAGUGCUCGUGGUUGGUGAACCAGGCCUUGAAGCGCUGCAACGAGGAGCAGCGCAAGACCCUCGACGAGGCCUACGGCCGGAAAAACAGCGAGCUGGAGGCCAAGGUCAAGCAGAUCUACAAGGAUCUGGACCUGGAGAAUGUGUACCGGGAGUACGAGGAGAAGACGGUUGGAGAACUGCGCACCAAGAUCGCCGCCGUCGACGAGUCGGAAGGUCUGAAAAAGGAGGUCUUCGAGACCUUCGUGUCUAAGAUCUACAAGCGCUCUAAAUAAACGCCUUGGCUUUGAUUUUUGUUUGAAGUUUUGAAAAUCUUUCCCCUCCCCCUCGUGUGCUUGCAAAAACAUACCAUACCCCCCACUUUUUUUAAUCUUCUAGUAUUUCUUUCGGUUUUGACUCCCUCUGCCCAAUAUGUUAGCCACAUACCACUCAUGCGAUAGAAUAGCCUAGCCUGUUUGGCUAUGAAGCAUUGCACGUAUAAAUUCACGGUUUCUCAUGACAAUCCAUCUGACAUCACCAUUUGCCUAAAACAUCGUCAUGAAUCCCUC